AUGAGAAUCUCUCGACCUUCCUUCAAUCCCGGGCGGACAAAAAACAUCAUCCAUGGCUUUCAGGCCUUCAUAAUCUUUCUGGCGUGGGUCUUGACCAUCGCUGUGUUCACAAAGGGCGAUGGCAUUGAUGGGCGCGAGGCCUGGUACUGGGCUUUGUGCUGGUUUAGCAUCCCCGGUCUGAUCUACCUUGUGGCAGUGCCCAUGUGGCCGCGCGCACGACGCUUCGGAAACGUAUAUGCCUUUGCAACCGUCGACUGUCUGUACGCUAUUCUAUGGUUCACUGCGUGGGUUUGCGUGGCCAGCUAUGUGGCGGAAGGAAAGAGCAAGGGUAAAUCGGAUUCCAGCUCUAGUACCUCGACUAGGAGAGAUACCAGCACCAGCACUACUACCAGUACCAGUAGCACCACCACCAGCGCCAAAAGUGGAUGCGAUAACUGGGCUUAUGGCAGCGCAAGUAAAUGCAAGAUCAGCACCGCCACGGUGAUCAUGGGCGUUGUUAUCUUCUUGCUUUUCAUCGUAACCGCCUUCAUGUCUUUCCGCAAUGUUGCGCAUUUCCGCCGAACCGGCACCUUGCCCGACGCCGUUUCCGACCCUACCUUUGCUGCCCAGACGAAGGCCGCCUUCAACCCCGCACAUGACUUUGAGGAGGAAGAAGAUGAUUUCCGCUCCCGCGCUGGGAUCGGCUCUUCUGUCCGUGGCGACAGAGACGAGGACUAUGCUCUGUUGCAGCAGAGCGAGGUGGAUGAGUAUGGAAACUCACAAGCGCGCUCUGCGCUGUCGGGCACAUACGAUCCGACGGUUUCCGGGGGAAGCGUCCUCCACGACUACAACACCAGCUAUGGUGGCGCACACGGACAACAUUAUGGAACACCGUCGGAAUUUGGAACCACCGUAAGUGGCUAUGGGCGCUGA